ACUUUACGGACAACGUAUGUUUUAAGAUUCACGAAUUAACGACAUAAGACUGGAAGGAGGUCUUGUGCCGCAUGAAGGUAGACUAGAAGUCAGAAUCGGAGAAAAAUGGGGAACCGUGUGUUAUGCUCGAUUUGGUCUCGGCUUUACAAGUGAAGAUAAAGUCUGUGACUUACUUGGAUACACCGAACGGGGAACUCUUCAUACUACAUGGAAUUCAAACGAGAACGUGGAAGUAUGGCUGACUGAACUGUAUUGUGAAACCAAUGUCACUGAUAUAAACAAUUGCUCUUAUGAUCUGAGCGAUGCACUUGGAGGGUGCGUUUACCAAUAUGGAGAGCUGGGUUUGUCCUGUUCACCACUACGACUUGUUGAUGGACCAAGUGAAAAUUCAGGGCGAAUAGAAGCUGGGUUUCACGGGAAAAUGUAUACAAUAUGUGCAGACGAUUUCACUUUAGCUGCUGCUAAUGUCUCCUGUAGACUGUUAGGGUAUAGUGAUGUGGUAGACGUAAGUGCUAUACCAGAAUCCUUUGAUGGCAAUAUUCCAAUGUUAAACUCGUCAGUUGAAUGCAGUGGCACUGAAAGUUCACUAGAAUACUGUAAUAUAAGUAUCAGCACGGACUUCACGUGUCACAGCGGAAGCGUAACCAGAGUUACGUGUUUGUCACCUCUUGGCUCACCUUGCCAACUUGACGAAACCUGUGCAGGCGUUAUGCAUUCUACUUGUGAAAAUUUCAGAUGCACGUGUAAACGUGGUUAUAUGUCUAGUGGUGACAGGAACUGUACCGCAAAGUACAAAUUUCGCUUUACGCAAGAAACUUCAAAUGAAGGUUUGAUAGAAGUCAAUAUCAACAACACAUGGGCUUUGGUGACCGGCUCUUUUGUUCCAUUCAGCGAUCAGACAUCUAAGGCACUCUGUGCAACAUUAGGAUACGGGUAUAGUAAUCGUUGAGCUAUUUUCAACAAUGAUAGAAAAAAAUGUUGACUUCUAGUUUCAUGGAAGAAUUUUUGAUUUACAGACGGAGUUAUAAAUAUAUAUAUAAAAUGAAAAUUGUGUUCAUGAUUCAUUGUAACGCUGUUAAUAAUAACAUGAACCAAAGAACGCAUGCAGUCCCCAGUAUUCUGUACAAAAUAAUGUUUUUAUAUGUGAAAUGUCCCCACACUAUAAAUAUGUUUGUGAAUAGCUUUAUAAUGACCACUUAAACUUAAUUAUUUCUUUUAUUUUUAUAAAUCUUUUAUUUCAUUUGUGAGGAUCGAGAAUGUCGCUUUUGAAUUAAAAGUAUAAGCGCGAUCUUUUUUUCAU